CUUCUGUUUUUCUUUCUAUAAACAAAACAUGGGGUUUCGCAUUCAACAAUCCCAAAAAAACAGUUCUCUUCUCCAUCUCUCUACACAAUGUCUGCAACUCUAACCAAUCUUUUUUCUUUCUCUCUAACUUUUUUCCUAUCCAUAAACUUUAUUUUCUUCCAUUCUUGUUCCUCCAUUGAUGAAGAAUUCCAAGCUCUUCUAACAUGGAAGAACACUUUAAACACAGACUCACUCUCUUCAUGGAACCAUUUAGACUCAUCUCCAUGCAAAUGGGCCGGUAUUACAUGCAAUUCUAACGGUAAAAUUACAGAGAUAAGUUUGAAAGCAGUUGAUUUACGUGGCUCACUUCCUUCAAAUUUUCAGUCUUUGAAGUUCUUGAAAAAACUGGUUCUUUCUUCUGCUAAUCUCACCGGAAAUAUUCCUAAACAGUUUGGGGAGUAUCAAGAACUUGGUUUUGUUGAUCUUAGUGAUAAUUCUUUGUCAGGUGAAAUUCCUGCAGAGUUUUGCAGAUUGAAGAAACUUCAGAGUUUGUCUUUGAAUACUAAUUUUCUUGAAGGUGGAAUUCCUGAGGGGAUUGGUAAUCUUUCAAGUCUUGAGUAUUUGACUCUUUUUGAUAAUCAACUCUCCGGUGAGAUUCCGGUGAGUAUCGGAGGUUUAAGCCGGUUGAAGACUUUCCGGGCCGGUGGAAACAAGAAUCUGAAAGGUGAACUGCCUGAGGAGAUUGGAAACUGCAGUAAUUUGGUGGUGUUAGGCUUGGCAGAAACCAGCAUUUCUGGAAAGUUACCAUCUUCAAUUGGAAAGCUGAAGAAGCUUCAAACUUUAGCUAUUUACACGUCACUGUUAUCAGGUGAAAUUCCUGAAGAGAUUGGAGAUUGCAGUGAGUUACAGAAUCUUUACUUGUAUCAGAAUUCAAUAUCGGGUUUGAUCCCGAAACGAAUUGGGGAACUUUCCAAGCUUCAGAGUCUGCUUCUAUGGCAGAACAGCUUGGUGGGUACAAUUCCAGAGGAGCUUGGAAGCUGCAGAGAGAUUACAGUCAUUGAUUUUUCGGAGAAUCUUUUGACGGGAAGCAUACCGGUGAGUUUCGGAAAGCUUUUGAAGCUUCAAGAGCUUCAGUUGAGUGUUAAUAAGUUAACAGGAACAAUUCCUGAUGAAAUCACUAAUUGUAAAGCUCUUACUCAUCUUGAAGUAGAUAAUAAUGCUAUCUCGGGUGAGAUUCCGGAUUUGAUCGGAAAUUUAAACAGCUUGACGCUGUUUUUCGCUUGGCAGAAUAAUCUAACAGGGCAAAUUCCUGAUUCUUUGUCGAAUUGUCAGAAUCUUCAAGCUGUUGAUCUUUCAUACAACCGUCUCUUUGGUUCAAUACCGAACCGGAUUUUCGGGCUGCAGAAUCUGACCAAGUUGCUGCUACUUUCGAAUGAUUUAUCGGGCUUCGUACCGCCUGAUAUAGGAAACUGCACAAAUCUGUACAGAUUGAGGUUAAAUGGAAAUAGACUGGGUGGUACUAUUCCAUCGGAGAUUGGAAAUUUGAAGAGCUUGAAUUUCAUUGACUUGAGCAACAAUCAUUUCACUGGAACAAUCCCUCAAUCCAUUUCGGGAUGCGAAAAUCUCGAGUUUCUUGAUCUACAUUCCAAUGGGAUUACAGGUUCCUUACCUGAUUCUCUACCUAAAAGUCUGCAGUUUGUUGAUGUUUCAGACAAUAGGCUUACUGGCUUACUUACUCAUAGCAUUGGCUCAUUGACUGAGCUAACCAAGCUUGUUCUAGCCAAGAAUCGACUUUCAGGCCGAAUUCCAGCCGAAAUACUCUCUUGCAGUAAGCUUCAACUGCUCAACCUUGGAGACAAUGGUUUGUCAGGAGAAAUUCCGAAAGAGCUUGGUCAAAUUCCAGCUCUAGAAAUCUCUCUCAACCUCAGCAACAACCAGUUUUCAGGUGUGAUCCCAUCCGAAUUCUCCGGUCUCAGCAAGCUAGCAGUGCUCGAUCUCUCCCACAACAGCCUCCAAGGGAACUUAAACGUUCUUUCAAGCCUCGAAAACCUCGUUUCCUUAAAUGUCUCAUUCAAUGACUUCUCUGGUGAAUUACCUAACACUCCCUUUUUCCGAAACCUCCCACUUACCGAUCUUGCUUCGAACAAAGGUCUUUACAUCACGGGAGGACUGGUAACGCCUGCAGAUACGUUACACGCUGCAAACCGGACUAGAAUGUCCGAAAUGAAGCUAGUGAUGUCUGUUCUGAUUAGUACAAGUGCAGUACUAGUUUUACUAGCCAUCUACGUGCUGGUUCGUGCACGAAUUGCUCACAACAUGCUAAUAGAAGACGGAAAUUGGGACACAGUUCUAUAUCAGAAGCUCGAUUUCUCAAUAGAAGACAUUGUCAAAAACCUGACAUCAUGCAAUGUAAUAGGCACAGGCAGUUCAGGAGUUGUCUACAAGGUGGCAGUACCAAGUGGGGACAUACUAGCAGUUAAAAAGAUGUGGUCAUCAGAAGAAUCAGGAGCAUUCAGUUCCGAAAUUCAGACGCUCGGUUCGAUCAGACACCGGAACAUUGUCCGUCUUUUAGGGUGGGCGUCGAACCGGAAUCUGAAGCUUCUGUUCUACGAUUACCUACCAAAUGGUAGCUUGAGUUCAGUUCUUCAUGGGGCUGGAAAAGGAUCAGGGGCAGAAUGGGAAAGUAGAUUUGAUGUAGUUUUGGGAGUUGGUCAUGCUCUUGCAUAUUUGCAUCAUGAUUGUGUCCCACCAAUUCUUCAUGGUGAUGUGAAGGCUAUGAAUGUUCUUUUAGGACCAGGUUUUGAACCUUAUUUAGCUGACUUUGGUCUUGCAAGAGUUGUGAGUAGUAAUUUCAGUGACGAUUUAGCCAAACCAACUCAAAAACCUCACCUAGCUGGUUCUUAUGGAUACAUGGCUCCAGAGCAUGGAUCAAUGCAAAGGAUUACGGAAAAAAGUGAUGUGUAUAGUUUCGGGGUGGUACUUUUAGAAGUUCUAACAGGACGGCACCCAUUAGACCCAACAUUGCCUGGUGGUGCACCUUUGGUUCAAUGGGUUAGGGACCACUUAGCCAACAAGAAAGACCCAGUGGACAUUCUUGACCCUAAGCUUAGAGGAAGGUCUGACCCUACAAUGCAUGAGAUGCUCCAAACGUUAGCCGUUUCAUUCCUAUGCAUAACCAACCGAGCCGAUGAUCGUCCGACAAUGAAAGAUAUUGUUGCAAUGUUAAAGGAGAUUAGGCACAUUGAUUCCGCAAGACCGGAAUCCGAAAAGUCAAAGGGACGAGGAGGUGGUGGGGCAGCGAUUCGGUCAUCGCCUUCGCCUCCGGCUCCGGCUAGGAUUGGAGUGUCACAAGGAUCUUCUAACUGUUCUUUUGCAUUCUCUGAUGAUGAAUCAAUGUUUAAUGGGUAAAGUUUUGUACCAUUUGUGGUGUUUGUAGAGUGUAAUAGCUAAUUUGUUAAAAAUUCAAUCAAUGUUAGUAUAGUAGACUAGAAAAGGCUAAAUGAUCAAUUUACCUCUUCAA